UCUGUGGCCGUCGACGUCGCGGGUGGCAUACGGCAUAGCGUCGCGACGGUGGUGGCGUGAGUGUCAGUCGCCGACAGUGGUCUGCCUCUAGUGAUACCAUCACCAGUUUGUUUCAGACAAUAUUCGAGAUCAAAGUAAACCUGAGAAACCACGAGACCGAUAAUGUUAUAUAGAUAUAAACACUGCUAGAGAUAUAUGACAACUACAAAGGAAUAAGAAAACUACUAUGUGGAGUAGCCUACUGGUUAAGGGAGAGUUUUCAACAAAGAGAUACUGAAUCAUAUUCCUACUGUAUGAGCGGUUCACUAUCAUAAUACUUAAACUGCACAAGGUCAGAUGUCAGGAGAGGGCGGGGGAUGGGGUUAGCGCCAGCCGCUGGCCUGUGGUCCCCACCCUCGCUAUGGAGGGAGGUCUGUUCGUCUGCCCAGAUGUCCCACCGAGCCCUGUUCCUGAGCGUAGUACUGUUGGCUACCGCAGUGAGCGCCAUGUGUCCACCACAGUGCUUCUGCUACGAUGACACCCUCACAGCCACCUGCACUAGCGCCAAGCUGGAGGUGUUCCCGAUCCAACUGAACCCGGACGUUAAACACAUCGAUCUUAGUGAUAACAAGAUUGUCAGUGUCGACUACACUCUUACGUUUUACAUAAACUUACUACAACUCGACCUCUCCUACAACAAAAUCCACUCAUUAGGGAGCCGUAACUUUGAACGGCAAGAGAAUUUAACGUUUUUAAACAUUAGCUAUAACCAAAUAACUCAACUGGGUAAAGGGACUUUCAAAGGCCUCAAGUUACUUAAACUUCUAGAUCUUAGCAAUAACUCGAUAGAAUUUGUGGAUGGCAGUGCGUUCAUAGACACUGUCGAAUUAGAACUAUUAAAUUUCUCCAACAACAAAAUAACAUAUUUUGAAGAUUCCAGUGUAUUUAAGAAUCUUCGAAAGCUAAAAUACUUGUAUUUAAAUGGAAACCAAAUACUAGAUGUUCCUAGCAAAAUACUUCAGAACCUCCCUUAUUCAUCAAUUGAAGUGUUAAGCUUGUCAAACAAUUACAUCGACAUGUUAGACGACCUAUCUUUUCCUUCUCCUGUAAUUGGUUCUCUGAGACAACUGUUUUUAUCUUCCAACGCUAUAUCGAGUAUCCACCGAUCAUCAUUCAACUCUCUUCACUCACUAUCUCACCUCGAUCUGUCUGACAACAACCUCACGACUGUACCGACGGAACAAAUGUCUAAAUUAAGUCAGCUAACUGAGCUAGACCUAAGUGAGAACAUGUUCACUGAACUUCCGGCCGUAGCUUUUCAAAGUCUUUUUCACUUGAAAGUCUUACACUUAUCUAAAAUGCCUAGACUGUCCCGUAUCGAUUCCAGAGCGUUUGUCGAUAACAUACAUCUGGAGUCAGUUAUUAUGGACGAUAACAGAGAGGUAAAUAUACUUCCUCCGAGAGUAUUCCACGGAAAUCUACACCUCAAGCACGUAUCUAUCAGAAGAAACUCCUUGAAGGUCAUCGACGCCUCACACUUUCCUGUGGACAAUUUACAAAGUCUUGACGUAUCCGAUAAUCCACUGAACUGCAACUGCUCGAUGUUGUGGCUGUGGAAACUCGCUCUCGUCGAGAGGCUUGCGGCGGAGAGCAGUUUUACUACCUCCAACGAUACACUGGACCGUAGUGGAGGACAGUAUUUGAGACUGACUAUCUCGAACUUGAAAUGUGAUUCACCACAGAACCUGAAAGGCAAGUUGUUAGUGGACGUUCCCGAUUCAGUGGUCCGCUGUGAAACGACGUGGUUUACCGUUGCGGUAGUGACGGCAUUCGUCCUGGCUCUCUUCGUAGCGACCUGCGUCGUCCUGCUCCUCAUCAGCAGUGACCGGACCUUCAUGUUUUGCAAGAAAACCAAGGACCCCAACGACGCCUCUAUGAACGGAGAGUCCAAGAGGCUCGCCCCCAAUAUUCGCGCAGGCUCCGCCCCUCCUCCGGUGUUGAUGUUGAUGCCUGACAAGGAGUUUGCAGGAGAAUACGUGAAAUCUCUGACUCCCAACCAGGUGCGAGACCUCCGCUACAUGGAGCCCUGGGUGCCUGUCAAAAGUGAUCACAUGAACCAAAUCCACAACGAAUAUACCUUAGACGUGACCAGCAGUGGAAGAAAGCCUGCACAUGUUGUUUAUGUAUAAUUUGAGUCUUUGCUACGGUUAGCAGGGUGCGAUAGUCCCCGUGUGAUAUGUCUAGUUAUACAUUUACUUCCAGUAUUAAAGAACACAUCUUCCACAUUCGAUUCUGUAGAGUAUUCAUGGGUUUUAAAUAUAAUUGUCAAAUACUUACCUCUGAGAAAGAAAAUAACUUGUUUCGUUUACAAAUAAUAUAAAAUUAUAUAACAGUAAUUAUUUAUUUUUAUUUAAUGACUUAAAAAAUCAAGACUCAAACAGAAAAUUGGAUACAAUAUUAAAUACAACAUAAUAUCUGAUUAUCCAUAUGUAUAUAGAUAAAUUCUAAUUUUGCUAACUAUGAAAAGUAUUUGUUAUUAUAUUUAUACUCUCUCCAUCCUAUUGUUUUAGCAACUAAACCUAUUGUAAAUACUUUCUGUUGGUUACACGUUACAAUUGAUCGGGUUUACUAUGUUAGGAAUAUUUGCAUUCUAAAAUCAGAAAAACUAUAUAAAGCUAAUUUUAUUUAUUUACUUCGUUUAUUUUAACCCUAUAAGACCAGGUGGUUUUUAAAGCUAAAGCGGCAUAUUUUAUAGAUAUCUUUAGGUUUUCUUUAUAAAAAUGUUUUUAAUUUGGUUUUUUGUGUGUGCAAUGUUUAGUUGCCAAAAACUCGUUACCCUAUUUAGUUAAGACAAUAUAUAUAUGUACUAAUUCUGAAAUUUUCAAAUGCGACUCUCAACCUUUGUUAUGUAGCUGGUUUGUUAAUGUUUAAGGAAUUAGAAACUAUGAACUAUUUUUAUGAGUCAGAUGAUUUUUAUUUUGAAUACUAAUCGUGUAAAAUAGACAAUAGUGCCGACCGAGCAGUGGCAGUUUCAUAGAUAAGCAAACACUACUGUGCUGGCCAAACAAAUUUCUGCAUUACUUUGUCUCGAUUGUGUCACUUUAUUUCGUUAAACUAUUUAUUAUCUUUUUCAGUUUUAAUUUUUGGUUCAUGCUUUUAAAAUGUGUUUUAUUACCGAAUUUAAAAAUUAAUGUGUAUGACGUGACAAGUUUUUUUGUAAUUAGAAAUUUUAGGUUUGUUCGAUCCAUUCAAUAUUGAAAAUAAGUUUUUUUGGUUAUAAAUAAAAUUAUUCCCAAACCUUCGGAAUAUACACAAUGUGUGUUGCUAGCUUAGGAUAAGAUGAUGUACCAAUAUUGCAAUAAUAAUCUUAUAGUCGCGUAUUAGGCUUCUCUAUUUAUGUAUUAUAUUUUCUAAGAUAGUUGGUUAUAUUGUUACACCUUGUAUUUUAUAACUUAUAUUUUGUACUUGUGCUGUGUGAUCGUUUUCUGAGUCAACACCAUUUUUCACAUAAACUUGUAAAAUGUAAUAUGUAAAAUGUACAGCUGUUCUUUGUUAAAGACUGAUUAGUGGAACUAGCCAAGCUACCAGUUCCCAGUCACGUGGAAGCAAUACUCGUAUAUUAUAUUAGACUAAAUCAAAAAUACACCUAACAUUAUUUUAAUGAUUAUCCCCUUAUCAAUUAUGUACAUAUAUAAAAUUACAUCAAUUAAUAGUUGUAAAAAAAUGUAUUGUAAAGGUAAGGAAGAUAAUUUUGUUUGCCUCAUUUUAAUUAAAUCAUUGCUUGAUUUCACGUUAAAUUGAUUAGCUUUAUGCAAUGUGAGUGUAUAAUAAUGAAGAAUUUGUUUUCAUACAAAUAACACAAGUGUUCAGUAUUAAAAGAGACUACGAUCUUAAAGUACGUUAGUUAUGAAAAAUAAUCAUAGAAAUAUAAAUUGAGCGUAUAAAUUAAACGUCAAAAUAUUGAAAUUGCAAGACCUUGGCGUAUAGUUACCAGAUUCACGAUAUCUUAUCUGAUGUGAAAGGAGUAUUUUUUAACAGUUCUAUCCGUAUUUCUGGGACAGCAUUGUGAAUAUAGACACAUAAAUCAAUGUGUUUUUCACACCAUGUAUUUAAUCUUAUGUUGUUUUCAAAUAAAACAUUGAACACGUUUA